AUGAAGGCUGCUCUGUCUCUGGUCAACCCUCAACGAAAGGGGACAGCAAAGCCCAUUUUAUACCCUUUUCCCUCUCUUCCUCCUUCGCAUUCUCCCGGCCACUCGUUCUCCUCAUCCUGCGCUGCUACCGUUACCGCCUCUACCUCUCUACCUCCGUCUCUGCUUCUUCAUCCCCUCCAGCUACCAAGCAUGCGGGUGAUCGCCGCUGCAGACUGGUCCCCCACCCCUCUCGAAGGCACGACAAACUCGACGGGCAGCAUCCGACUGGGUAUUCUGCAUCUUCAGGACCAUUCUUCGCUUACAGCCAGCAGCCAUAUACCCAAUAGCCGGGCUCAGUUGCGGCACUCGCAAGAAUCAAGCAUCCCCAAGGUCGACGGUGUGCAGGGAAGGGCUCGAAGCCGCUCACGGGCUGAACGAAAGGGUCGCUUUUUUCUUCAGCAGGGGAGGAAGAAGUCAGCCUUCCAGGACGCCAGGAGAUACCGUGUGCUCGACAUCCCUGCUCUGGCGGUGGAACUCCAUGCGCCGUGUUCCAGCGCUGCUGGGGGAAUUAGUGAUGUGUGGGUGUGA